AUGGAGCCACUGAGCUGGAGCCGUGGUUCCAGCUGCUGGCUCCCUGCCCAUGCUGCCACGCCACUCAGCACCGUGCUGCAGAGGACCCCAGCCGCUGCCCAGGCGCCAGAGCAGGCAGGCUCUGGCUGCCGCGGGGUGCUCUUUGGACAGCUCCUGGCAGCCCUCUGCGGGGAGGACGGCUCCCUGCCCCAGCCCAUCCAGGAGAUGCUGGCUGUCCUGCAUAAGGAAGGACCGUCGACAGAAGGGGUAUUCCAAAGAGCUGCCAGCGGGACAGAGUUUUGUGAGCUGCGGGAGGCCCUGGACCACGGUGCGGAUGUCGACCUGGGCAGCCAGCCUGCACUGCUGCUGGCCGUCAUCUUGAAGGACUUCCUCCGAAGCAUCCCCGCCAAGCUCCUCGUGACAGACCUCUACGAGGAGUGGAUGGCAGCGAUGCAGAAGAGCGGCAAGGAGGAGAAGGUUGAAGAGCUGAAAGCGGUGGCCGAGAAGUUGCCUGGAGCCAAUCUCCUCCUCCUCAAGCGGCUGCUGGCCCUCCUCCAGCACAUCGGCCACAACGCCUCCAGCAGCAGAAUGACCGCCGGCAGCCUGGCCAUCUGCCUUGGGCCAAAUCUGCUGAGCCCACCUAACGAGGACCUGCUCCCCCUCGAGGCCAUGCUGGCGGUGACUGAGAAGGUGAACGUGCUGGUGGAAUUCAUGAUUGACAACUGCAGGGAACUCUUUGGGGAGCAGACAACUGACCUUUCCUGUUCAGCGGCCGAGGAGUUGUCGGCAGCCCCCACAGAGAGCUGUGGAGAACUGCACUUGGAAGAGCAAAGUGUGCCAGCAGUCACAGCAGACACCAAGCAUCAGGCAGAAGCCUUGCUGCAUGCACCCCCCUCUCUGCUCGGUGUCCUCAGAGAAGCUGGGGGAGCUAUGGUGGUGAAGUCUGAAAGGGGAGAGGCACCUCCAGCUUUGCCUCCAACCACGCCUGAGAGUGCGGCAGAGCCCCUGGUGCGCCCAGAAGAGCUGGCGAACCUGUCAGAGGAAAGACGGUUUGCAGGCUCUCCCCAGGACAAGGAGAAAAAGAAAAACCGAAAGAGAAAACAGGCCUGGGCAGAGGAGAGUGACAGACGCGCAGAAAAGAGGAGGAAGAGAGAAAACGUUUUUGGGGAUGGACCAGUGAAAAGAUGCAGGACGGUCCAGCAGGUCAGGAAGCCCAGGUGCCGUUUCCCUGUUACUGGCUGAAGCCCUGUGACUCCCAGGCCUGCCCCCCACCGCAGUUGAUGUUCACAAUAAAAGGAUCUUUUCUCUCUUCUGAGUGUGUCUGCCAUACGAU